GAGAGCCGAGCGCCGCGCACGCGCACCUCCAGUGAUGCUCCGACAUGGCCGACGCGGCGCGAGUGGACACGUACGACGCGCGAGUCACCACCGCCACGGUGUCCAGCCUCAAGUCCGAGGACUCCACCGAGCAGCUCAUCUGCAAGACGCCGCAGAAGAAAGUUAAGAAAGUGACCAAAGACAAGAGUGUGAGUUCUAAGAGUGUUGAAGCGGGUAGUGAUGAGCCUCACAGGAGGCGGCUCGUCGUCUUCCUGGGGCUGGGCCAGGUGGUGCUCGGCGCCUUGCUGGUGGGCGCCGGGGCGCUCGCCGUGGUGAAGGGCGCCGCCCUUUCGCGCGUGGGCGCUGGCCUGUGGGCGGGCUGCGUGGCUGUGGUGGCAGGGGUGGUCGGCGUGUUGGCCGGCAUCAACGACUGCUACGGACUCAACGCCUCCAGCUCUGGAAGCCCCCUGCUGACGGCGUUCCUGGCGCUGUCGCUGCUGUGCCUGGCGUGUGGCAACAGUGCCGCGGUGCUGGCCGCCACCGGGCUGCAGCGUGACUCGCUGCGCCAGCCCACCACACCCGCCAGCUUCGAAGAUGAGAUGGAAGCGUGGACGCCGGUGCUGACAAACAUUGCGCUGCUGAUCAUUGCGAGUGCGCACUGUCUGCUGUGCAUCAUCAGUAUCUACCACCUGUCGAAGCGGGUCUGUCCCUGCUUCCGACCCAAGCAAGCCUUCGAGCACAACCAGUUCGACCCUGCCUUCAAGCCAGUCCAGCAGUACGUUGUGACGGUGGACGAGGUGAAGAAGGCUCACGAUGUGGAGCGCGUGCGCAACCACGAGCUCUGCAAGGAGUUGGAGGUGAAGCUGCAGGGAGACAGCAACAAGAAGAAGGAGGAGCCGGAGUACGGUAGCGCCAACAGCAAGGAGAAGCUGGUGACGCGGUGGCUGGGACGACAGCAGGCGCCAGCGGCGGUGCUGGGGGCGCCGGCGGCGGCUGUGGCGGCCGCGCGGCGUCGCGGCGUGCGCAAGCAGAGGAAGCCGCCGCCACUGGUGCUGCUGCCCGCCCACCCUGCCAGCACGCACACCGACGUCGAUGGCAUCACAGAGCAGCACGCAGCAGCAGCACGGCUGUUACAAAUAGAGGAGAGGCGAGCAGCUCGGGUUGCUCUUUCAGUCUCACCGAGACAGCUAUUACUAAAUCAGAGAUCUCAAUCUAGUGCUCACAUUUCUUGGAGAGUGGCUGCACCCUAUGCGCUGCCCUGUGGAGAGACGCCUGGUAUCGGCGAUGGUGUAGGCAGCAGACCGGUAUUGAGUUCUCGGAAGUGCGGUCAUUCGGUUCGGGAAAGCGAUACGUGUUCAUAUGAAAGUCUCGGCACACAAGAAAACGUACGAAGCUCUAAUGAUUACUGGACAGCGCUAGGAAAUAACUAA